AGUGCAUGCCAGAGCCCAGGAGCAGCUACAGAGAAGGCCCGAUCCCGAUUUGCCACCAGGUGAGUUGGUGGUAGCUGGAGAUGGACCUGAUGACCUUAAAGUGCGGUGGGGAUCAGACUGAAGAAGUUGCUAUCCCAGGUGGAAAUCCUCGACUGGAAGACAAAGCAGCAACUAUGCUUUUUGGAGAAGAUUAAAGGGAACUGAUCAGCUUGAAGAGCUUCUCGGAAUGCCUGCAUGCCCAUCCAACCAAUAUUUUUGUUACCUAGGUUGAGCCACAUGCUACAAUAAGUGAUAUCAGGCUGAUGUUCUAUAAAUUAUAUCCUCAGUGGUAUCCAGCAAGACAAUCUAUAAGACUUGAACCCAAAGGAAAAUCACUGAGGGAUGAAGAAAUCCUUCAGCUGCUCCCUGUCAGCACAACUGCAACACUCUAUUUUAAAGAUUUAGGGCCCCAGAUUGGAUGGACCAUGGUAUUUUUGAUAGAAUAUACGGGUCCAUUGUUCAUCUAUUUUGUGUUUUAUUUCCGCAUGCCUUUUAUCUAUGGCCUGGAUGACAGGUUUACCUUGAGCCGACACCCAGUAGUUAACUUGGCAUGUAUCUGCCAUUCUUUCCACUACAUCAAAAGGUUGAUUGAAACAAUAUUUGUUCAUCGGUUCUCCCAUGGGACUAUGCCACUGAGGAGUAUUGUUAAGAAUUGUUUCUAUUACUGGGGAUUUGCUGCCUGGCUUGCUUAUUACAUCAACCACCCUCUUUAUACACCACCCUCCUAUGGACAAAAACAGGUCAAUAUUGCUCUGAUCAUGUUUCUGACGUGUGAAGCUGGAAACUUUUCUAUCCAUCUUGCACUUAGUAAUCUGAGGAGAGAUGGUAAAAGAUCCAAGACCUGUAAGAUCCCUUAUCCAACAAAGAAUCCUUUCACGUGGUUGUUUUAUUUUGUGUCCUGCCCUAACUAUACUUAUGAGCUGGGGACAUGGAUUGGUUUUACUAUCAUGACUCAGUGCGUUCCAGUGGGAUUAUUCACUUUACUUUGUUUCAUUCAGAUGACCAUCUGGGCAAAGGAUAAGCAUUGCACCUAUAUACGAGAGUUUAAGGAUUAUCCUAGCCUUAGAAUGUCUAUAAUUCCUUUCUUAUUGUAAGAACAAGACUUUUUCUACUGAGCUGUAAGAAGUAAAACAGAUGAGCCCAUAUGGACAGAAGCACAGGCAAAGAAGAUAUUGUGACAUGCAGAUAAUUUUAAGUGAGGUCUUCCAGGUGCAUACUGAAUCUACUCUGCAGUGAGAAAUUCCAUGGACUCAAAAGCUACAUUUCUCAAUGCUACUGAACCGACUCCCCUUUUCUUAUUGCCCCCUUGGUCAUAAAGGGUGUUCAGGGCUAACUAAAGCCUGGUUGGCCAAGGUAUCUUCUGUUGCCAAGAGGAAAGCCUUUUCGUAUAAGUCUGGCUGGGUCACGUGACAGAGGAAGUAGCAGCAUUUGCUAUGAAAUUGUCUGAAAUUCCACAAUGGGAUUGUUAUGAGAGAAAGGCAAGGGAGUCAUCCAAUUAGACUGUAUCCAAAGGCAAAGAAAACUGGAUGGACUACCUAGAUCAGCUGGAGCUGUAGGCAAAUGCUUCAUAAUGUAGAUUAAAGCGUUAGAUAGACCUUUAUUCUCAAUUCUAAAGUUUUGUCUGUACAUUGAGAAUAUUGUGAUACAGCCCUGUUUUGACUAUUCCAUUUCAGACUGUAACUUGGGGGUUGCACAUGUCAGUGUUCCCAAUGUAAGAAAACUCCCUAUAUAAACUAAAAUAUAAGGCACUCUCCCCAUGUGUUAGUUUUCUACAUUCAGGAAGUCUUUUCAUGUGGGGAAAGCAUUCAAACAUUCUGCACCCCCUUAAAUACAGUAUGGAGUGCUAACAGUUCCAAGAGACUAUAUCAUAUAAUUAUUAUGUUUCUAAAUCUUGAAAGACAUAAAACUUUUUGUGCUGAAACUCUAUGCACAUUUUUGGGGGAAUAAGCUCCAUUGAACUCAAUGGGACUUACUUUCAAGUCAAUAUGCAUAGGAUUGGGCUGCACAUGUAGUAGUAAACAAGAGCCCUGCAAUCCUCAAAAGACCCUUGUACUUCUGUCAGAGUCCAAGAAAAUAUUGAGCACCUCCCUGUGUUGUAUUUCUCCAUAGAGUGUUCAGUGUGUUUCAAGAAGGUUCUCUGCAAAUCAUAUCAAGAAAUGAAUGCAACAUUGUCUUACACACUUCUGAUAACUAUUUUGUCAACAAAGGACUGUUUCCUGACAAGAUUUAUUUCUCUAGAAACAAUGUAUAGAAAUUUUUUGAAACAAUUUGUAAAGAGAGAUUAUGCAAUAAAUUCAAGGUUAUAUUUUGAA